AUGGUAAUGAGAAAUGAACUGGAUUACUUCGCCGUCUUCUUUAGGAGAUUCGAUGAUAUGUUGCCAUUCACUGUGACAAAAGCAUGCAACGGGCUCUGUGCAAAUGUGAAAAUCUUAUCAAUUUUCUCGAUCCUUCUUCUUCUAUUCUUGAUGGUUGUGGCUCUGUCUUAUGUCCAAGACAAGCCGACAUUACUUGAGGAGGAGUCACGUGAGAGGGAAGAGGAAGAUGAUAGAUGGGCAGUGGUUGCCUUGUUCUGGUUCUUCUGGUUCAUCUCUGAUUGGAUGGGGAGCGAGGUGUACAGUGGGGAGCAUGGAAAGCUUUACUCUGUUGCAAUAUCAUUAUAUACCAUUGGCUACUGGUAUAGAGCUCGAUGUCUUAUGCUAACUUGGGGGGUUACGGGUCUUAUGUUCUUGGCUGUGGAGCCCAUUGGGCGAGCACUUGGUGGUGCCAAGAACAUUUGGGCAACUGGAAAUUUUAUUCUUGCUGGUGGCUUGGCUUUGACGCUUUACAUCAGCAAGCUAGCUAUGGACGAGCGGCUCAAGCGCAAUGAUUUAACCUUUACUCGUGAGCCCUUCAACGGCAUUCAGGCUUGGGUCUUGCGUUUUUUCGGUGUUCUCGACAUUUUCCUUACGAUAACAUUGAGUGUCGCGCUUGUACUACCAUCCAUCUAA